AUGAUGAUGAUGGUGACUGUGCGGCGCCGCGUGGUGUGCGACCUGCUGAUCCUCGCGCUCUUGUGCUGCUGCUGCUCCUUGUCCGUCUGCGGGACUGCUGUGCCGGCAAAAAGCCUUGUGUUUGUGCAUUUUUCGUGUCCCGGGACUGACGGUAAGUUGAGUUGGCAUCUUCGAGGCGAGGAGGAAUGGAAAAAGUGCCCUAAGAAGCCUGAAGAAGUCGAUCAAGACAGUGAUGAGCGUGCACGGCUGUGCGUUGCCGGUGGGGACUUCUACGAAUAUUGGAAAAGUAGAAGGAGAAUAUUUUGCGCUCCUCCCAGUGACCAGGUAGAGUUUAUGUUCGAGAUAAAAUUUGCGACGUACGGGGGUUUAAGGAACAGCAGCUCGGCGAUGGCACAAAACAAUGAUCGGGAGGCCACUGAUGGCGCGCAACGGCUUCAGUCGCAACCGCAGACUGGAACAGCGGCCCCGGCAGCUACGGCGGCUGCAUCGACAAAGGCGGUUGUUGACCAGGCACAGAGCGGCGUCGGCAGUCCGUCGAGGGAGGCAGCUGAGGCACCGCAGAAGAAGUCGCCUGACCACACAGCCGAGGACGGCUCUGCCCCAAGUUCGAGCGAAAACAUCGCCGCCAGCCCGCUGACAUCCGCAGAAGGGGCAGUUCAAAGCCGGCAACGUGACGACGGGAGUGUCGUGGAUGAAAGAGUCCAGAGGAAAGGAGAAUCACCGGGUAACGUGCAGGACGCGUCGCCACUCGGUGGUGUCGCGAACGAACACGUGGCAUCGGCACCCGAAGCUUCCGGUCGGCCGUCCUCUUCUCCAUCCGGCGACGGCGCAGCCAAUGAAACUUCCCACAACAGUAAUGAGGGUGACAGCGAAUCCGACGCCAGUGGCGAAGGCAACAGCACCGUUGCCGGCACGAAUCCGCUCCGACCGACCAGAGACGAAAGUGCAAACGAAAGUACAGAAGAUAUCGCUGCUUUGUUGCAGAAUUUUGUCGUUCUGGACGGCAGCGACGUCACCACUGUGUGGGUGCGCACGCCCCUGCUGCUGCUCGUCAUCGCCCUUGUCUGUGCUGCUGUGCGGUGA